UGACUUUUCCAAAACCCAACAAAAUGGAAAAAAACAACUGAAUGAACUUUCCCCGAGUCUUCACUGAAAACGAAAUCUAACCCAAACCACAAAAACCUCAUCAAAACCAUAAACAAUUCUCCCUUUUUCCAGUCGGGUCAAUGGAUAUAGCAAGCGGUGGAAAACCCAUAUCACGAUCUGAUCUGAACAACCCUAAUCCAUCUGGGUUCUGAUUCCUUCAAUCUCCAAAAAGGUAUCAAACCCUAUCCCCUGUUUCGUGAUCCUCUGUUUUUCUCCCCCUGUUUCGUGAAAACAGAGAAAAUGGGAGUUUAUCUCAGAGCUUGUGAAAUUGGAGAUGAUCAUUGUAUUUAUGCACCUCCACCUCCACCUCCGCCGCCGCCUCCGGCGGAUACCAAAUCCCAUAUCCCACUUAUUGCAAUCCUCUUGUUCUGUGCACUGGGUACUGCUUUCUUUGUUGUUAGUUAUCUCUCAUACAUCAAGAAAUACUAUACAGUCCCUAACGAUCCUAGGAGGAGGAACAGAAACCCAUCACCAGUUCUUGAUGAUCAAGAGGAUUUUGUCGACCAAAAUCACGGUCCAGUGUUGGACCACCCCAUAUGGUAUAUCAGGACUGUGGGCCUGCCGCAGUCGGUUAUCGAUUCGAUAACGGUGUUUAACUACAAAAAGGAUGAAGGGUUGACUGAUGGAACGGGUUGUUCUGUUUGUUUGAGUGAGUUUGAAGAAGAUGAGACUCUUAGGCUUUUGCCCAAGUGCAGCCAUGCCUUUCAUAUUCAGUGUAUUGAUACUUGGUUAGCGUCACACAAGAAUUGUCCCUUGUGUCGCGCGCCGAUAGUAUGUGUGAGUGCACCGGAGCUGAGUUUGGGUCAGUUGGGCCCGGGGGAAGAGACCCUGGUGGAGAAUUCGGAGACUGGUGGUGAGUUGGGAAGUGAUCAAGCGAUGGGAGAUUUGCCAAGUGCAAAUAUAUUUCGAUUGCCUAGUGAACAAGGAAGGUUUCCUGAGAUUUUGAGGAAAAAUCCGCGAAUUUCUGAUGCAAAGAAUGGUAGGAUUCGGGUUCAAAGUGAUUUGGCUGAUCGUCGGGUAAGAGUGGAAGAAGUAGAAUUGGAAUCAGUGAGGAGAUCUAUUUCGAUGGAUGCCUCUCUUGCUUCGAUGAUUUAUCUUGAUGUGGCUAAUAUUCCUCAACUGGAACUCGAAGGGAGUUCGAGUACUCAAUUAGUAGAAUUCAAGAAACUCAAUUCAGAGAAGGUUGGCAAGAGGGUUAGAAGAAAUUUAAGCAUAUCGAGACUGAUGAAUGGUUCUUCAAUGCGGUUCUCUUUGCACAAUGGCCCUGUUUCCAUGAAGAGGUCCUUUUCUUCCGGUGGAAAGUUCUCUUUACCGAGGAAGUACAGCAGAAGCCAGGACUCAAUUUUACCAUUGUGAAUAUGAAGCUCAGUCCCUUUACCAAUUCUCAUCGCUUUGAGGUGAGAAGUCAAAUAUACAAUCGGUAAGUAGCCAGCGAAACACAUUCAAAUGUGUUACAGCUACAGAAAAGUGUCUAGAAUGUACUUGCAUUCAUCUUGUUAGAGACUGAAUCCAUCUAGAAUGGUUGCAGUGGUGCUAGCACAAUAUUCUGGACACUUUUCUGCCUCUAUAUUUGUUUUCUAAUAUUUUACAUCUAUAAUAAGACUGGCAAUGCACUACGACCUUGAUAUUAAGGCUAAAAGAGGCCGAUUUUGUAAGAGCUUAAUAGUGAAAAUGGCUCUAGAAAUCGGGAUAUCUAUGUCAAUGUACACCUGAGUGAAUGCAGCCAAUCAUUCACUUUCCCAACAGAAAACUGGCAAUUGGGGUUUUUUUCUUGUAAGUUCAACGAGGAGGGAAAUGGUGUAAAGUAUCUUGAUGCUUUGUCAGCUUCAGUAAUCUCGGGAUCUAUUGCAUUUCUGUUUACUUUGGUAUUGUUCAGUGUGGAAUAGACCAUUUUGGGUUUGAUUAUACUCACUUCCAUAUUGAAACUCAUGAAUAAUCAGCACGUGCUAUGUAUAUGGAACUUUGAUACCCAAAGCCAAACACUACCAUAUGGAUGUUUCAGUUUUGUUAACUACUUUUUUUGUAUUAUUGAUUGGGUGACCUUGCUA